AAGUCAAAGUCCACUUUAAUUCCAAUAAGUGUUUGCUCAACCCGCAAUGUAAAUAAUUUUCAAAUGUAAAAUAUAUUUUUGUGAAAUCUAACGUAAUUUUUUUUAUAACUGUAUAUUUUUUUGUUAUUUUAUUUUUUGUUAGUGUUUUAUCAUAAGUUGAAGUUUUUAAAAAUCAGUUUCUUGCUCACAAUAUCAAGUUAGUAAGCUGUAAGGCCAAGACCAUGUGAAAGCGAAUGAUGUAAGGAAACACGUAAUAUUGAAACAUUGGAAAUAAGUUUGGACUGCGCUGUGGUACAGAUCGUACUCUAAAUACUAAAAUAACUGCGGCAUGGCAAGCAGCACAAGGGUGGUGGUCCAGUGCCGCGCGGCCGUGCCGCCGCCGCCUGCCGCGCUGCCGAGACGUGCCCACUGUGCCCGCGGUGCCCAGCCUCCGUACUGCACCUCGGUGUUACUAACAAACCACUAAUAUCAUUUUCAUUGAAAUGGAGGACGGGUUGAACGAGGAGAAAGAGAGUUCGCCGUGUUUGGAACGAGAGGAACGAGCGCCUGUCAACAUGUGGGGAGCGCAGCGCCGGGUGGCGCUCGACGUGCUCAUGGCGUGCUGGGGGCUCGGCACGUGGCUCGGGGUCAACGGCCUCUACGUGCAACUGCCGCUGCUGGUGGACCGCCUGCCCGAGGGCUGGGCGCUGCCCUCCUCCAUGGUGAUGGCCGUGCAGCUCGCCAACAGCGGGCUGCUGAUAUACGCGGUGUUGCGACGUCUGCUGCCGCGCGUGUCCGACGCAUAUUACAUCUCGGGACUGCUCGUCAUCGGCACGCUGGCGCUCGUACUGAACGCCUUCCUCUACGAGCACACAGCUGUGAUAGGCUCCGAAGAACGGUCGAUUGCGUAUUUGGCGUUGACUUUCUUCGCAGCGUUGGUGGGCUGCACCAGCUCCGUGUUGUUCUACCCGUACUUAAGACAUUUCCGUGAUGUGUACCUAGCGACGUACUUAGUGGGUGAGGGUCUGAGCGGGUUCGUGCCGAGCCUCCUGGCGCUGGUGCAGGGCGUGGGCGGUGCACCUGAGUGCUUGCCCAACGAGGAUAACACGAAGCUGGAGCCCCACUAUCCACCUGCACGAUUCGACACCACUGUGUUCCUAGUGCUGCUUGGCGGGCUGUCGGCUGCCAGCCUGGCCAGCUUCACUGUCAUCAACAACUACAAGGGCUUCCAGUCGGAGCGAGUAGCACCGGCGGCGGCGGCCAAGGAUGACGAGGCGACGUCGGAACGGCCUUCGCUGCUGGUGCCGCGCUGGAUGGGCGUAAUGGCGCUGAUGGCGGUACUGAACGCACUGAACAACGGCGUGAUGCCGUCGGUGCAGUCUUACUCGUGCAUGCCGUACGGCACGCGCGCGUACCACCUGGCAGUGACGCUGAGCGCGAUGGCCAACCCGGCGGCGUGCCUGGCGGGCGUGUGGCUGCGGCCGGUGUCGGCGCGCGCGCUGGCCGCCAUGUUGGUGUCCGCCUGCGUUCCCUUCGCGUAUCUCCUGGCCACGGCGCUGCUCAGUCCUGCGCCGCCGCUGCAGUAUAGCGCGGGCGGGGAAGUUCUCAUCGUGGUGUCGUGGGUGUUGUCGUCGGGAGUGAUCUCGUACGCGCGGAUGUGGGUGUACGGGUGGGCGCGGGGCGGGGGCGCGCGGGGCAUGCGCCUGUGCGGCGCGCUCGGCCAGCUCGGCUCCGUGCUCGGCUCCGCCAGCACGUACUUCGUCGUCAACUACACCGGACUCUUCGUGCAACCAGACGCCUGCCCUGCCAUCUCCUCGCUCACACAUCUAUAGCGACGCCUCACAAGCACACCGAGGAGUAGGCACGAGUGUACUUGUACUGGUACAAACACUCUUCACUAGUAUUGUAAUUAUUCCAAUGCAUUGCGCGCGCAGUUCCAGAUUACGUGCCACUGCUGAGGAUCCAGAAAUUAAACAAUCCAAAUAAGUAUUUUGGUAUCGUUCCUAAAUGAUCUCGUGCGUAGCAGUCGCACUGGAUACCACAACACGGACGUGGCAGACUACUUAACAUUAGUUUAUAAGAAUAAUAUUUAAUAUAGACUAUUUAUGUUGACGUUA